ACUGCAUUGACCUACAAUGAUGUGCAUGUGAACUUCACUCAAGAAGAGUGGGCUUUGCUGGAUCCUUCCCAGAGGAAUCUCUACAAAGAUGUAAUGCUGGAUACCUACAGGAACCUCACUGCUAUAGGCUACAAUUGGGAAGGUCAUAAUAUGGAACAGCAUUGUCAAAGUUCUAGAAGACAUGCAAGGUAUGAAAACAAUACUCAAUAUGAUGAAGUAUUUGCAUAUCACAGUAGUCCCCACACAUAUAAAAGCAUGCAUACUGGUGAGGAUUACUAUGAAUGUAACGAAUAUGGUAACGCCUUUGCACAUAACAGUCAUCUCCUAAGACAUAAAAGGACACAUAUAGAAGAGAAACCGCAUGAAUGUAACCGAUGUGGCAAAGCCUUUGCACGUAACAGUCAUCUCCUAAUACAUGAAAGAACUCACACUGGAGAGAAACCUUAUGAAUGUAACCAAUGUGGUAAAGCCUUUGUAUGUAACAGUAAUCUCCUAAAACAUGAAAGAACUCACACUGGAGAGAAACCUUAUGGAUGUAACCAAUGUGGUAAAGCCUUCGCACAGAACAGUCAACUCCUAAGACAUGAAAGAACUCACACUGGAGAGAAACCUUAUGAAUGUAACCAAUGUGGUAAAGCCUUUGCAUGUAAGAGUAGUCUCCAAGUACAUGAAAGAACUCACACUGGAGAGAAACCUUACAAAUGUAACCAAUGUGGUAAAGCCUUUGCGUGUAACAGUAAUUUCCUAAAUCAUGAAAGAACUCACAAUGGUGAGAAACCUUAUGAAUGUAACCAAUGUGGUAAAACCUUUGCAUGUAACCGUAAUCUCAUAAUACAUGCAAGAACUCACACUGGAGAGAAACCUUAUGAAUGUAACAUAUGUGUUAAAGCCUUUGCACAGAACAGUCAUCUCCUCCUACAUAAAAGAAUUCACACUGGAGAGAAACCUUAUGAAUGUAAACAAUGUGGUAAAGCCUUUGCAUGUAACAGUAAUCUCCUAAAACAUGAAAGAACUCACAAUGGACAGAAACCUUAUGAAUAUAACCAAUGUGGUAAAGCCUUUGUAGAUAACAGUGUUCUCCAAGACAUAAAAAUCUUUGUUGCAAAAAAUUCUUAUGAAUAUAACUGAUGUCAUGAAGUCUUUUCAUGUAAUACUUAUCUUGAACAAGAACAUUUAUUGGAAUGAAACGCUAUGAAUAUAACCAAUGUGUCAAAAACUUUGCAUGCCAUAAUAAUCUUCAUGUACAUAGAAGAAGCACAAUGGAUAGAAACUUUAUCAAUGUAACCAAUGUGAUAAAGCACUUUGACAUAAUAGUAAUAUCCUAUGACAUAAAUAACGCAUACUAGAGAUAAACCUUAUGAAUGUAACUAAGGGGGUAAAGCCAUUGCAUGCAACAAUAGUCUCCUAAUACAAAAAAGAACUUACACUGGAGACAACUCUUAUGGAUGUAAUCAACAUGUUAAAGCCUUUGCAUAUAACAGUCAUCUCCUAAUACAUAAAAGAGCUCACACUUGAGAGAAACCUUAUUAAUGUAAUCUAUGUGGUAAAGCCUUUUCAUGUAACAGUCAUCUCCUAAUACAAAUUUACUCUUCACAAUCUUCAACGUCAUGGAAGAAUUCACACUGUAAUGAAAGACUAUGAAUCUAUUUACAUGGUGAAGCUACUCCACAUUUGUAUAAUCUUCGUCAUGAAAGAAUACAGAGAGAAAAUUUAUAAAUGUGUUAAAAUGGGAGACCUUUGCACAUAUCUAUAUUCAACAUCAUCAUAAAAGUUUCAAAGUGGAGAGCAAAAUCUGAGAAUAUAAUCAAUAUGGUAAGGCUUUUGUGUUCUUCUGUCCACUGAAUCCAAAACAACUCAAACAGGUCAAUACAGAUGAAAAAAAAAUAUUGUCAUCCAGUUUGAUUAGGGACACAUAAUGUUGAACUAUGAUGCCUACCCAUCCAAUGAGUCAGAAUAUUACAGAGGUCCUGAGCUUGAAAAUCAUAAACAUCUUUACUGUUUUACAACUGAAUUAUUUCCAUCAGUCAUGGUUUAGGAAUAUGGGAUUUGUUUAUGUCUUUGAGGAAGUCACCUGAUGCAAAAUGUAGGUUUAAUAGUCAAAACAAUCAUAUCGAUUUGUUCUUUUGUGGUUAGGAAAUUUAUUGUGUUUUAGGAAAGAGAAUCUGUGGUUUGGGUCAGUCAUUGUGUUAGGGGACCAGAAAUCAUGGUAUGGAACAGUCAUGUUUUGGGCAACAAAAGUUAAGUAAUUAAAGCUGGUCAGGUAUUGGGAAGUCUACAGCUUUCCUAGGGACUAUGAACUUAAACUUAUGUUUACCCUAUAAUUCAAUGAAGGCUGGUAACUAAAAGGAAAUGCUUAGGACAAAUUGCUUUUGCACCUUCCCAAAUACAAUUUGCUUUUACGUAUUUUGCAUAUCAAAGUCAUCGUCAACUAUACAAAUGAGCAGAUAGUAGAGAGAAACUUUACACAUGUAUUCAAUGUGACAGAGGUUUUUCUUAAUACAGUUAUCUCCAAAUACAGAAAAGAACACAUACUGCAGUGAAAUCCUCUGAACAAGCAAUGUGGUAAAUCCUUUUCACGGGGUUGUCUUUGAAAUCAUGAGAAAAAGUCAUGCUGCAGAGAAACCCCAUGAAUGUAGUCAGUAUGGUAAAUUUUCUGCUUCAUGGUACCAUUAUAUAAGAGUAAAAGCUUUAGUGUGUGGGCUACGUCCUAAAGCCUUUGCAUAUCACAGUAGUCUUUGAGAACCUAAAAGAACUCAUUCGGAAGAACAUCUAUUAGAAUAAAAAAUUUGUUAAUAUCUUUGACCCACCAGCUUGCAUUCAAUUAUACUAGAUUAUUUUCGAGGAAAAUUCUAACAAGUGUCAACAGUGUUUGCAUGCAUUUAUGACAUCAUCCUUAUUUUGUUUCCAAUUGGAAUCUCAUAAGGACCAAAGGCACAUGAAUUUGAACAAUAAGAUAAUCCUUUUUUAUUUCACAAUUCACUCCAAUUACAUAAAAUAAAUCAUCCAGUUGUAAAAUUUAUGUGUGCAUAUUAGUGCAUUUUCCGUGACCAAACACAAUGUCCAAGGCAACUUGCAAAUGUUUUUACUUUGCCUUAUGACCUGAGAGGAUAUGGGAUCACUAUAAAUUUGGCAAGACAAGUGUCAUAGUGGCAGCUAAAGUAGGAAGCUUGGAGCUCACAACCACCACCUGCAGCAUGAAGCAGAGAGUGGGGACUACAGAUGGUAUGCAGCUGAAAAUUAUGAAGGCCACCCCAAGUAACAUAAUUUCUCCAGCAGGGAUACAUUUCUUAAACAUUCUCAAAUGAUACCACCAUCUGAGGAUCAUUUCUCUGACUUCAAACCUACAUGUUUGAUUUCUGUUACAUGAAAGAAUUCAUGAUGAAGACAUUUGUAGAUAGGCCUGUAGUUGUCUCAACACCUGAGUUCAGUAAUGAAUGCUUAUACAAGUAAAACAUUCAUGAGUAAACAUAUAUUUAAGAAUUUGUUUUAAUUUCCCUUAAGUGAUAACAGUUUUACUUUGUGUGUUUAUGUGCCUGUCCAUUCUAGUUUCCAAGUAGACUAGACCCACUGAUUUUCUCAUACCAGGAAUUAUAGAAAGUUGUCAAAAACCUGACCUAGGUCCUGGGAAUGAACUUGUCUUAACUGCAAAACCAUGUAUCUAGUACUGUAAAUAUCUUAAAUCUUAAUAUAUCAUCUUGAUGUCAGGAAGUAGAAAAGCAUUCAUAGAAGAGAGCAGUCUUAUUUAUGCAAAAGAGUUUAUUACUUUGGACAUAAUAAAUGUAUUCAUUUACAAGAAAGAAACUAUUUUUAAUCUGUUUUUAUCAUAGCCAUGGAGGAAGUAAUUGUUUACCAUGUUCACUUCAUUGUAAUGGAGGAGAUCACCACUUGUGGUUGUGGUCUGAAUUUUGAAACAUUGGCGUACGUAUUGAAUUUGCUGUGUGUGUAGCAAAUCCAUACACAGAAGUUUAUUAGGUUGUUCUGAUAUUCCUUCUGGGGUGGCUGUUCAUGUUCUAAUGUAUUUCCACUUGGUUAUAGGUAUUUUUCUGCUGCAAUGUAUAGAAUUUGAUCCCCAUCAUCUAUCUGGUCCAUUGCUUAUGUAUAUAAAGCAGUAUGAGAUCAUAAUUUUCAAGGGAGGGUCUCUGAGAACAUGUACUUUUUUAUGUUUUCACAAAUUCAUUUAGGAUGUUUGUUUUUAAGCUUUGCUUGGAUAUCAAUAAUUAAUUAAUGCUUAAUAGUAUGUGUGUGUAUAUGUAUGUAUGUAUGUACGUAUUGUUUGCAGUUUUAUACUCCUACAUGUUCCCAUAUUUACCGUAUGGCACAUCAUCUUGAAGUAAUUCCUUCUUAUAGAUUUAUCUAGAGGUGAUAGUUAAUGUAACAGCAAUGAGAUUUAUUGCAAAAUACCAUGUUGUGUGAGUAAUAAAAUAUUCAUUCUUAGGCUAUUACAGAUAUAUGAAGAAUAUGAUACUUUUGGGGUCUAUUUUGGUUGUGUUUAUAUGAUCUUCAAGUUUAUGUUGUCUUUUUUGCAUACCACAAACACUCCCCACUGAGCUCAUUGAGACUCAUAAAACUUACUUGAAAAAUUACAUCAGUACAAUAUUGUCUUCUAUUUCAAUUAUGAAUAUAUUGUCAUCUGAGGAUGGAAGAAAAUGAAAUUAUUUGAAUAAUUAAUGCUACUUGCAAAUGAAAAUUAUACACU